AAGGAUGGUGACAUUAUGUUGGGGGGGAUCUUCUCUUUCCACAGCAGCUGGAGAGACAGACAGGAAACCUACGUGCACAAACCACCGCCACUGCAAUGCACCAGUUUGAAUUUCAGAGAGUUCCAGUAUGUCCAGGCCAUGCUCUUUGCCAUAGAGGAGAUUAAUAACAGCACAGACCUACUGCCUGGCAUAUCUCUGGGCUAUAAGAUCUAUGAUGUAUGUGGAUCAAUUGCCAGAGGUGUGAGGGUCUCACUGGCCUUGGCUAAUGGUAAUGAAGUGGUAUCUGCAUCCUCCGAGGCACCAUGUACCAGACCUGGCCAAGUGCAGGCCAUUAUGGGAGAGACAUCUUCCUCUCCUUGCAUGGCUAUAGCUACUGUCAUUGGACCCUUUCAUAUCCCACUGAUCAGCCACUUUGCUACUUGUGCUUGUCUCAGCGAUAAAACCAAGUACCCAUCCUUCCUUAGAACAAUACCCAGUGACUACUACCAGAGCAGAGCCCUGGCACAGUUGGUCAAGCACUUUGGCUGGACUUGGGUUGGAGCUAUUAGAACAAAUGAUGAUUACGGGAAUAAUGGCAUGGCUACAUUCACAGAAACUGCCCAGCAGCUGGGCAUCUGUUUAGAGUAUUCUGUGUCUUUCUUUAGAACAGAUCCAACUGACAAAAUACAAAAGAUAGUUGACAUUAUCAAGUCUUCCACUUCCAAGGUGAUUGUCGCCUUCCUCUCCCACAUGGAUAUGGAUGUGCUAAUACACAAGUUUUCUUACCACAACUUGACUGGGUACCAGUGGGUAGGCAGUGAGAGCUGGAUCUUUGAUUCUCAAACUGCAGCCAUGGACAGGCAUCACAUUCUGGAUGGUGCCAUAGGCCUGUCCAUCCCCAGAGCACAUGUCAGUGGCAUGAGAGAGUUCAUGUUGGAUGUGAAGCCGCUCAAUUCAUCUAGUAACGCAAUUUUUACAGAAUUUUGGGAGGCAUUAUUUAGCUGCAAGUUCGAGCAGUCAGAGUCACCAGCAGGGAAUCAGAGAGAAUGUACUGGACAUGAAGAUCUGAGAGGAGUGCAAAACAGCUUCACUGAUAUGUCGCUCAUGCCUAUAUUUAACAAUGUCUAUAAAGGAGUGUAUGCUGUUGCCCACGCACUUCAUAGUAUUCUCAAAUGUAACAAAACAUGUAACAACACAGUGCAGCUAGAUCCACUGACGAUUUUACAGCAAAUAAGAAAGAUUCAGUUCAAAACGAAGAAAGGAGAUGAGGUUUACUUUAAUGAGAAUGGAGACCCAGCUGCAAAGUAUGAAAUUAUAAACUGGCAGCCAACAGAAAAUGGCAUUGUGGACUUUGUCACAAUUGGUUUUCAUGAUGCAUCUUUACCUGCAGACAAACAGCUGAAUCUGCAAAAUAAGUCCUUAAGGUGGGCACAGAACUCAAAACAGGUGCCUUUGUCAGUUUGCAGUGAGAAGUGUCCCCCAGGAACUCGCAAGGUUCUCCAGAAAGGAAAGCCUGUCUGCUGUUAUGACUGCUUAAGAUGUGCAGAGGGAGAAAUAAGUAACAUCACAGAUUCUGUCACAUGUGUGCGAUGCCACCCUGAGUUCUGGUCAAAUGAGAAAAGAGAUGCCUGUGUAAAGAAGGAGGCAGAGUUUCUAUCAUAUGAAGAGAUUAUGGGAGCACUGCUAACUGCAGCCUCCUUAUUUGGAACAUGCAUGACUGCUGUUGUGGCAAUUAUUUUCUUCAGAUACAGGCAGACUCCUAUUGUCAGGGCCAACAACUCUGAGCUGAGCUUCCUGCUGCUCUUCUCCUUGACCCUGUGUUUCCUGUGUUCUCUGACCUUCAUCGGUCGGCCCUCUGAGUGGUCCUGCAUGCUGCGACACACAGCAUUCGGCAUCACCUUUGUCCUCUGUAUCUCUUGUGUUCUGGGGAAAACAAUAGUGGUGUUAAUGGCCUUCAGGGCCACACUUCCAGGUAGUAAUGUAAUGAAAUGGUUUGGGCCUGCACAGCAGAAGCUCAGUGUUCUGGGUUUUACUGUCAUACAAGUCAUCAUAUGUCUCCUCUGGUUAACAAUUUCUCCUCCUUUUCCAUUGAAGAACUUUAAGGGGUUUAAGGACAAAAUCGUCUUAGAGUGUGCUCUGGGCUCAGCUGUAGGCUUUUGGGCUGUACUUGGUUACAUAGGACUUCUGGCCAUUUUAUGUUUUAUUCUUGCUUUUCUGGCUCGGAAACUUCCUGAUAAUUUCAAUGAGGCCAAAUUUAUCACCUUCAGCAUGCUGAUAUUCUGUGCAGUAUGGAUCACUUUUAUCCCAGCAUAUGUCAGUUCUCCGGGGAAGUUCAGUGUUGCUGUGGAGAUAUUUGCUAUUUUGGCUUCAAGUUUUGGACUACUCAUUUGUAUUUUUAUUCCAAAAUGUUAUAUUAUCUUACUGAAACCAGAGAAUAAUACAAAAAAGAAUAUGAUGGGAAAGGGGGCAACAAAGUGCUCCGGUAUCCCCCUCCUCAACAGUUCUCCAGUCAGUACACUGACCAACACUGAUGAUAAUGAUCUGGAGUUGGUUCCCGGGCGCUGCACAGUGCCCACUGUUCCCUUGAGGGAAGGUAUGAUGUCCACACAGAGAUGGCCAGUGAAGGGUUGGGCACUCUUACAGCUGUUGUUGGUGGCGUCUGUCUUUCAGGCUGAGGAACAAGUGUGCAGACGACGAGGGGAUCCUGAAAAUCCCCAGCUAUUUAAGAAUGGGGACAUUAUGAUAGGGGGAAUCUUCUCGUUCCACAGCAGCUGGAAAGACAGACAGGAUACCUUCAUGCACAAGCCACUGCCACUGCAAUGCAUCAGUUUGAAUUUCAGAGAGUUCCAGUAUGCCCAGGCUAUGCUCUUUGCCAUAGAGGAGAUUAAUAACAGCACAUACCUACUGCCUGGCAUUUCUCUGGGCUAUAAGAUCUAUGAUGCCUGUAGCUCCAUUGCCAGAGGUGUGAGGGUUGCACUGGCCUUGGCUAAUGGUAAUGAAGUGGUGUCUGCAUCCUCUGAGGCACCAUGUACCAGACCUGCCCAAGUGCAGGCCAUUAUGGGAGAGACAUCUUCCUCUCCUUGCAUGGCUAUAGCUACUGUCAUUGGACCCUUUUAUAUCCCAAUGAUCAGCCACUUUGCAACUUGUGCUUGUCUCAGCGAUAAAACCAAGUACCCAUCCUUCCUCAGAACAAUACCCAGUGACUACUACCAGAGCAGAGCCCUGGCACAGUUGGUCAAGCACUUUGGUUGGACUUGGGUUGGAGCUGUUAGAACAAAUGAUGAUUAUGGCAAUAAUGGCAUGGCCACAUUCACAGAAACUGCCCAGCAGCUGGGCAUCUGUUUAGAGUACUCUGUAUCUGUAUUUAGAACAGAUCCACUACACAAAAUACAAAAGAUAGUUGACAUUAUCAAGUCUUCCACUUCCAAAGUGAUUGUUGCUUUCCUCUCCCAACACGAUAUGAAUGUGUUAAUACAGGAGUUGUCUUACCACAACGUGACUGGGUACCAGUGGGUAGGCAGUGAGAGCUGGAUCUUUGAUUCCCAGACUGCAGCCAUGGACAGGCAUCACAUUCUGGAUGGUGCCAUAGGCCUGUCCAUCCCCAAAGCACAUAUCAGUGGCAUGAGAGAAUUCAUGUUGGAUGUGAAGCCCCUUAAUUCUUCUAGUAAUGAAAUGUUUACAGAGUUUUGGGAGGCAUUAUUUAGCUGCAAGUUCAACCAGUCAGAGUCACCAGCAGGGAAUCAGAAAGAAUGUACUGGACAUGAAGAUCUGACUGGAGUGCAAAACAGCUUUACUUAUAUGUCACUCAUGCCUAUCUUUAACAACAUCUAUAAAGGGGUGUAUGCUGUGGCCCAUGCACUUCAUAGUAUUCUCAACUGUAACAAAACAUGCAGCAAUAAAGUGCAGCUAGAUCCAAUCACGAUUUUACAGCACAUAAGAAAGAUUCAGUUCAAAACAAAGGAAGGAGAUGAGGUUUACUUUAAUGAGAAUGGAGACCCAGCUGCAAAGUAUGAAAUUAUAAACUGGCAGCCAACAAAAAAUGGCAUUGUGGACUUUGUCACAGUCGGUCUUUAUGAUGCAUCUUUACCUGCCGACAAACAAUUGAAUCUGCAAAAUAAGUCUUUAAUUUGGGCACGGAACUCAAAACAGGUGCCUUUGUCAGUUUGCAGUAAGAAAUGUCCCCCAGGAACUCGCAAGGUUCUUCAGAAAGGAAAGCCUGUUUGCUGCUAUGACUGUUUAAGAUGUGCAGAGGGAGACAUAAGUAACAUCACAGAUUCUAUCACAUGUGUGCGAUGCCACCCUGAGUUCUGGUCAAAUGAGAAAAGAGAUGCCUGUGUAAAGAAGGAGGCAGAGUUUCUAUCAUAUGAAGAGAUUAUGGGAGCACUGCUAACUGCAGCCUCCUUAUUUGGAACAUGCAUGACUGCUGUUGUGGCAAUUAUUUUCUUCAGAUACAGGCAGACUCCUAUUGUCAGGGCCAACAACUCUGAGCUGAGUUUCCUGCUGCUUUUCUCCUUGACCCUGUGUUUCCUGUGUUCUCUAACGUUCAUCGGUCGGCCCUCUGAGUGGUCCUGCAUGCUGCGACACACAGCAUUCGGCAUCACCUUUGUCCUCUGUAUCUCUUGUGUUCUGGGGAAAACAAUAGUGGUGUUAAUGGCCUUCAGAGCCACACUUCCAGGUAGUAAUGUGAUGAAAUGGUUUGGGCCUGCACAGCAGAAGCUCAGUGUUCUGGGUUUCACUCUCAUACAAGUCAUCAUAUGUCUCCUCUGGUUAACAAUUUCUCCUCCUUUUCCAUUUAAGAAUUUUAAGGGGUUUAAGGACAAAAUCAUCUUAGAGUGUGCUCUGGGCUCAGCUGUAGGCUUUUGGGCUGUACUUGGUUACAUAGGACUUCUGGCCAUUUUAUGUUUUAUUCUUGCUUUUCUGGCUCGGAAACUGCCUGAUAAUUUCAAUGAGGCCAAAUUUAUCACCUUCAGCAUGCUGAUAUUCUGUGCAGUAUGGAUCACUUUUAUCCCAGCAUAUGUCAGUUCUCCGGGGAAGUUCAGUGUUGCUGUGGAGAUAUUUGCUAUUUUGGCUUCAAGUUUUGGACUGCUCAUUUGUAUUUUUAUUCCAAAAUGUUAUAUUAUCUUACUGAAACCACAGAAUAAUACAAAAAAGAAUAUGAUGGGAAAGGGGGCAACAAAGUCAUUCUGA